AUGUCUCAAUAUAAUUAUGAUGAAGAGGGGCAUUUUUUCCCAUUUGUUGUCCUUACUUUCUUAAUUAUUAUCUUAAUUCCUAUUACAUUUUCAUUUUUAUAUGUUGAAUAUAAAAAGGAUAAAGAAUAUUGUUGUUUAUGUGAUUUCUGCAAAGAAAAAAAUAAAAUUUUGCAUGAAUAUAGGAAAAGAACAAUUUUAAAACCAAAAAUAUCAAAAAAAGCCAUCUUUAUAUCAGUUGGAUGGUGUCUCGUUGGUUAUGUUAUUUAUCAAAUAUCAUCAAUUAAAGUUGAACAUAAAAUUUGGGAUCCUUAUGAGAUUUUAGGAAUAUCUAUGUCUGCUACAGAAAAAGAGAUAAGAAAACAGUAUAAAAAACUAUCAUUAAAAUUACAUCCAGAUAAAGUGCUCUUAAAUGAAACACAAACUCGUGAAUCAGUUGAAUCUUUAUAUAUCGAGGUAACUAAAGCUUAUAAAGCUUUGACAGACGAUGAUGUCAGAAGAAAUUAUAUUGAAUAUGGACAUCCAGAUGGCAAACAAGAUUUUUCGAUUGGGAUAGCUCUUCCAAAAUGGAUUGUUGAAAGUAAAAAUAAUUAUUAUGUUUUAAGUGCAUAUGCAAUUGCAUUUGGCUUUGCUCUUCCAUACUUUGUCGGAAAAUGGUGGUAUGGGAAUAAAUUAUACACUAGAGAGGGAAUUCAUGCUAAAAGUGCAGAAAGAUUUUUUAAAGGAGUUGAAGAAAUCAUGGUACCAGGAAAAGCAGAAUUAUUGAUCUCUCAAAGUCAAGAAUAUAAAUUUUUGACUGGGUUUGAAGAUGAACUUAAAACUAUUGAACAGAAAAUAUUACAGAAAGACAAUAAAUAUCUAUUACAUAAACAACAAGAUUUAUCUUAUAGAAAAACUUAUUUAUUACUUUAUGCUCAUUUUCACCGUAUUGGUUUACAGUCUUUUAAACUAAGAAAAGAACAAAUUUCUUUACUUGAAUCUAUACUAGCGCUUCAUGCAGGAUUGUUAUCUAUCUCUUUAAUUUAUGGCUUUUUGCAGCCAAUAAUUUAUAUUAUGGAAUUGUCGCAAAGCAUUGUUCAGGGCAUUCCUUCUAGUGGAUCCCCAUUAUUACAGCUUCCUUAUAUUUCAAAGAAAAUUGCUAAAGGAAUACUUGAAAAAAUUGGGUAUCCUAUAACUCUUCAACAAUUCAUUAAAAUUCCAGAAGAAAAAAGAAGAAGUUUGUUAUCGUCAUAUACUGACAAAGAAUAUUCUUUGAUUAUGGAUGUUGCAUCUAAAAUUCCUAUUCUCAAUAUUGUUGAUUCAUCUUUUAAAGUCACUGAGAGUGAUUUUAUUUCUCCGGAUUCUAUUGUUCAAUUCUCUUUUAAAGCUAGAUGUAUUUUUCUAGGAGAGGACGUUGAAGCUAUUGAAUCUGAGUUUGAAAAUAAGACAAGCGAUGAGAAUGAAUUAAAUACACUAUUAGGGUAUAGAAAGAAAAAAAAUGCCGAAGAUUCAGUUGUUCCAUAUGCACAUGUUCCAUUUUAUCCUAAAAAACAUAAACCAAAAUGGUGGGUUUUUUUGGUAGAUAUUAAACACGAUCGGAUUGUUGUACCUCCUAUCUCUAUAACGGAUAUCGGCAAAAGUAUUCGUACUUUUCAAAUAUCUUUUCAAGCUCCAUCUCAAAUUGGUCUUUAUACAUUCCAAAUUCAAGUAAAAUCUGAUACAUAUAUUGGAACGGAUUUCAGAAAGAAUGUUGAAUUUAAAGUAGAUGAAAAUAUUACACCAAAAAACUCUACAAUUAUAAAUAAUGUAUCCCAAAAAAAGAAAUUAAAAAGUUUACAUAAAGAUACAAAAAAGAAUCAUGCAUUACAGGAGGAAGUGACCAAGAAAAACGCUUCAGAUAGUUCUUAUGAAAGUAGUUUUGAUGAAUAUGAUACAGAUAAUAGUUAUCAUAAUAGUACGAGCGAUAGUAGUAGUGACAGUGAUACAAUUAAUUAA